AUGGCGGCGUUCCCCCGCACCGCCGCUUCGCUGAUGAACUGCGGCCCCUCGCGCUUGGCCACUACCGCGGCCAUGGCUCCCAGCCGGGCUCGGGGACCUCCUCUCUCCCAACGAGACUGGAGUAAAGGAGACACGCGCUGUACGCAAAGAAUUGAAAUACAUAAGCUUCGUCAAGGUGACAAUUUGAUUCUGGGAUUCAGCAUUGGAGGUGGCAUUGACCAGGAUCCAACUCAGAAUCCUUUCUCUGAAGACAAGACCGACAAGGUGAAUGGCUGGGAUAUGACAAUGGUGACCCAUGACCAAGCUAGGAAGAGGCUGACAAAAAGGAACGAAGAAGUGGUACGGCUGCUGGUGACCAGGCAAUCUCUGCAGAAGGCUGUGCAACAAUCCAUGAUGUCCUAA